AUGGCAGGUGUGGUGUACCCCAGACAGGCCCCGGUGGAUCUAGACAUAUAUCAAAGCUCCUACAUGAUCGACUACAAGCCCUACGGGAAGCACAAAUAUUCCAGGAUCUCACCGCAAGAGCAGGUGAAGCUCCAGGCUCAACUGCGGCAGAAAGAGUUUCAUAGACCUAUCCCCAACCCUAACCCUAAGCUAGCGGAUGGGUACCUUGCCUUCAGAAGACCCCACAUGACUGCCAAAGACCUAGGACUCCCUGGCUUCUUCCCAUCACAGGACCGUGGGGCCACUGAGGAGAAUGAGAGCAAGUUCACCAGCACCUGCCAUUUCACAUACCCAGCUUCCCAUCACCUGUACAUGGCCCAGCAUGAUCCCAACCGCGUCCACCAGAGCGCCGACUUUCCCUGCCUUCUGGAGCCUGAGCGACAACCUGCUGCUGAGGAGGGCAAAGGCUACUUACUACUGCCUGGCUGCUUCUGUCCUCAUCACAGUAUAGUCAAAGUCCCCAUCUUGAACCGAUGGGGACCCUUGGUGCCAUUUUACCCGUAG